UACCCGCGCCGCGGCUGCGCAGUGCCGCCCUCUGGGGGCCCCCGCUCCUUCCUCCCAUCGGCCUCAGCUUGCGGGCCUUUCAAACAUGGAGGAGCGGGAGCGGGGGGCGAGGUCGGCUCGCGCCGGGAGCCCCGCAAGCCCGCCCAGCCCGCGGCUGGAUGUCAGCUCAGACAGCUUCGACCCGCUGCUGGCCCUGUACGCGCCCCGCCUGCCUCCCAUCCCCUACCCCAAUGCCCCCUGCUUCAACAACCUGGCGGAGUAUGAGAGCUUCCUCAGGACCGGCAGCCGGGGCGGCGGGCGCGGGCGGGCNNNGGCCCCCGCUGCCGCCGCCGCCGCCGCCGGAACCUCGGGCCGGACCCGCCGCCGGGCGGACGCCCCCGCCCCGGACCCCGAGCGCAUCCAGCGCCUCCGUCGCCUCAUGGUGGUCAAGCAGGAAGAGGAUGGCACGGCCGGGGCGUCCCGGCGGGGACCGGGUCGCAGCCGGAAGGCGCCGCGCAACGUGCUCACGCGAAUGCCCCUGCACGAAGGCAGCCCUCUGGGUGAACUCCACCGUUGUAUCCGGGAGGGGGUGAAGGUGAAUGUGCAUAUCCGCACUUUCAAGGGACUUCGGGGCGUCUGUACAGGCUUCCUCGUAGCAUUUGACAAGUUCUGGAAUAUGGCACUUACUGAUGUGGAUGAGACCUACAGAAAACCUGUUCUAGGCAAAGCAUACGAGCGGGAUUCUUCGUUGACUCUCACAAGGCUGUUUGAUCGGCUGAAACUACAGGAUUCCUCCAAAAAGGAAGCAGAUUCGAAGUCUGCAGUUGAAGACUCCACUCUGUCCAGAUACUCGCAGACAUCAACUUGGAAGGUGGCUUCCGUGUGGGGAAGAGGAGACACUGACCGAAGCUCUCACAGGCGUUCCCAUUCCGUUCCUUCUUCCCUGCAGGCCUCUGCUAGGGAGGAGUCCAGGUCCGAGCUGUCAGGGAGGACUACAAGGACAGAAGGGUCCAGUGUGGGAGGUACCUUUUCCAGGGCCACCACCCUUUCCCAGGGCCAGCCCCGUAAGAAAAAGCGAAAGCCCAAGGUGGAUUACCAGCAGGUAUUCACUCGACACAUAAAUCAGAUUUUCAUUCGAGGUGAGAAUGUGUUGCUGGUUCAUCUUGCACAGUAACCAGCUCAGCCUCAUUUGAGCUUUGGUGUUUAGAAAUAAAGUGCAUGAGUUACUACUGUGCUGUACCCUAGUAUCCCAGUGAAACUCUGAGUUGGAAUGAUUCCCUCUGGACCUGCACAUGCAGAGGACAGAGCAGGCUCGACCUUCUGGAAGAUGAGCUCAAGGGGAGGACAGGCCUCGGCAGGGUGGGCAUUUGAGCUCAUGUCAAGGUAGAAGCCAUGCAUCUGAUUGGGUGUCGUGGUCUACUUCAGUCAUGCUAGCCAAAUAUAUAAGAUUUUGCACUUGACUUGGGGAUCACAGUAUGAGUGGAAUUCACUCUUCAGUGACUAUAGAAAAAACUCUCUCAAAAGAAUUAUCUUAUUUUGAAAAGCUAGUGCCCCAAGUACUCAAGAAUUUGAUUCUAAGAGUAGCAGUAUAAAUGGCCCUGAGCCCUGCACCCACAUCUUAUAACUGACCUUCGAGUUUUGCUCAACGCCAUUCUCUCUUGACCAAGAAAUGAAAUUUAUUAUCUUUGAAUAUCUAUAAGGCCUAGGAAAAUUACCAACUUACAUAGGGGUGAAAUUUAGGUAGGUGGUAUAUUCAAAGUAGCCAGUGCUGAGCACUGUCUUGAUCCCUCUCCUUGCUAUGGAAGGGAGUUCAGGCCCUCUUCAGUCUUCCCCUCACCAGAGGUAGCCUCUGCAGAUGGCGUGCCAGAUGAGACUAACUUGCUUGUUGGUGCCUCCCGUCCUUUGUGCUAACUCCUGUGGCAUGGUGCUAGUGCAUGUCCCCUGUGGUAUUGCCUCUGUGUGUAAUGUGAACUGUCCUGUGAGCUUCAUGCUAGGAGACUGUCCUUCAUGUCCAGCUUCAAAGAAUUUGGCAAGAACUCAGUAAUACACCUAGACACACGGCUGAGAGUCCCCUUUCCACGUGGGGCCGGCUUCGUGUAGACUUUCAGAAUGGCUUGCCAUGUGGUGGUAGUUUUAUUCCUUGAGUCCCUGUUCACAGGGACACUUUCCUCACAGCCGGGCUGGAGUAACAGGAGCACCAUGGGACCCAGGGCUGCUUCUACUUGAAUCAUACUAUUAUAUGCUUUGUAAAUCGCCAGUGCAGAAUAGGCUGCAUCUUGACAUAGACUGUUACGCAAUACUGACUUUUUGUUUUGUUUAUAUUUGUUUUAUCUUGAGUAACAUAUUCAAAGUGAGAAGAAACAGCUAACUAGUUAAAAUGUAUGAAAAGAGAAAUUUCCUGUUGUAUUCAUUGUUUAGUUUGAGACUUCUGAGGCACAGUGUGCAUAAGGUUUAGGGAACCAGAAUACCUGCUUCUUCUAGCUAGACUGCUGGGUCGUUAGACAAUGAAACGUGAGCAGAUUUAUCCCCUCCGUGCCUCACUUUCCCCUAUGAGACACCUACCUCACCAGGACAUUGUGACAAAGAAUUUUAGGAAGGCAUUUUACGGCCUCUAAACAUGUUUAAGUGCCAUGAGUAAUUUUUACUCACUCUGUUUCACAGCUCUGUAAGAAUUCUACAUCUUAUGAACAGGGCAGGUGCUAUAUAAGAAUGAAGUGUUCCUAGGUGUCAUAUUGUGGUCUAGUAACUAUCAUCAGAAGGCAGUGAAAACUUGAGGAACUAGUUUCCAUAUUCCAUUCCUCCACCCAGAAGGACAGUGGAAGUUCUCAGAACAUCUCAUUAAGAGGAGAAUGAUACUUUGGUUUCUUUUGCUGCUCUCCCCUCAUCUCAGUCCCGAGGUUUUUCUGAUAAUUGUCAGAAAGAUUUAUAUAAUACCAAAGGAACAUGAGUAUCUAAAAAUGGCACAUCCCCAAAGGGGAAUUUGUAGAAGCCUUUAUUUAUUUACUGUUAAUUUGUUUUUAUUUUUAAAUGCAUUUGAAAGUAUGCUUUAGAGCCAGAUUAGAUGUACUAAAGUUUUUAUAGAGAUUCCAGGUUACAAACUCAAGACCACAGUUAUCUUUGGAAUCUGCCAGUCUAAAUUCUGUCCUCACUAGUGUGUCCAACAAUCUCAAUUCCCAGAUUAAUAGUCAUCUUAUUCCAUCUUCAGGCAAUGCUGCCUGCAUCUCUUUGCCAGUCUCCCCUGCCAGCCUCAUGUCUGCCUUCCUGUCCCUCAGAAGCUGUAAUAGAUACUCUGUUUUCCCAAUAAUGUAAAAAUUUUGAAUAAAAAAUAUAAUUUCCAUUUCAUUCCAUUGCCUUAUUAAAUCUAGCCUGAUUGAUUUUAAACACAUACAAGUUUUUAUGUUUAUGUGUAACUUUCAUAUAUUCACAGAAGGAUUAAAUUACUAUUUUCUCCCCAACAUGACAUGAAAAAAAAUUUGAACUGUGUGCUUUUAGGUACUGUAAUGCCCCCUAUUUAUUGAGUGGUUUAGGCAAUGCUCCUAAAAUGAAUAUUAUUUAGUAAGUGUACUAUUUUGUACAAAGCAUGGUAAUUAUUUUUAGAGCAGUCCAUUUUUUAAAAUUGCUGUCUUUUCUUUAUUAUUGGAAAAGUUUUUCAAAAAUAAAGAAAAAAUGGGCCCAAAUAAUGUAUUGCUGCUCAAAAAUUGUAACCAUGUAGGUCAUUAUGAUAAAUUGCUAGGGUGACUGAGGAUGUAGCUCCCUGGUAGGGCACAUGCUUAGCAUGUGUGAGGCCCUGAGUUCAAUCUCCAGCACAGUGAUAGAUAGGUAGAUAGAUAGAUAGAUAGAUAGAUAGAUAGAUAGAUAGAAAGAAAAUUGCUAUGAAAUAAUUGACAUCUUCCCAGGAGAAGGGAAAAUAAUGGUAGAGAAUCAGAACCCUUGACCCCCACCUCCACAUCACCUGAAGGGUUGCACACACUGAAAAGCAACAGAACUGGUCUCUGGUGUUCUCCAGGGAUCGGGCUUGGGAUCCCUGGAUCACUUGUUAAGAAUAGUAUCUGUUUUGGGCUGGGGAUUUAGCUCAGUGGUUUUGCCGCCUGCUGCGCAAGUGCAAGGACCCGAGUUCAAUCCCCGGUACAAAAAAAAAAAAA